ACGACGACGACGAUCAUCUCCACUACACCUACUGAUUGAGACACGCUGGUCGUCCUACAACCCCCUGCACGCAAUCUCUCGCGCCUCGUUCGCCAACUCCCACGCUUCGCCUCAAACAUGUCGACCACCACGGUCACGCAGACGACGACGGGCACUAUGCGCACGACGGCCGUCAAGGUCACUCUCAAUGUGACGAGCGACACCAUCUGCCCCUGGUGCUACAUCGGCUGCAAGCAAAUCAACAACGCCAUUCAACGCGCGAAAGAUGCUCAUCUUCCCUUGACGUUCGAUGUUGAAUUCUCACCCUUCAUGCUGGACCCCUCGCUCCCCCAACAAGGCAGCGUACUCCGCAAAGAACGAUAUUUCGAGAAGUUCGGCGAGGUUAAGGCGAUGGCCAUCAUGCAGACGCUGGGAAAGGUUGGACACGAUCUAGGCAUCGAUUUCAAGUAUGAUGGAACGGUCUCUCAAACGACAAAAUCACACCGGAUCCUUACUAAAGCCUACCAGCUCGGAGGCCAGGAGGCGCAGCAGAAACUCCUCCAGCUCAUAUUCAAAGGAUUUUUCGAGCAAAACAGGAAUGUUGGGGACGACGAUUUCCUUGCGCAAUGCGCUGACCAAGCUGGGUUCAUGUCCGCAGCUGAGGCAACAAAGUUCCUCCAGACGGACGAGCUCCAGAAGGAGGUCGACCGCCGGAUCGAGAUGGCUCAGAGAAUGGGCAUCACCGGCGUCCCGUUCACGAUCAUCAAUGGAAAGUGGGCAUUGAGUGGUGCUCAGCCUAGCGAUGUCUUCUACCAGGUGUUCGAGAAGCUCGCGAGAGAACCAAAGACAAAGGGCCACCAUUACCACCACGAUGAUGCUUCUUGCGAGAACGGCGCAUGCACCGCAACACAUGCUAACCCACCUGCCGAAACGUGCCAAGUCUGAUUCACGAACAGAAUAACGAUGAAAACGACCCUUCAAGACCUCUUGCUCAUUUUUCGUGGACACAGAAACUCCACUCUUG